UUUGCUCAUUUCGGUUUCAGUCGUUAAACGAGAGAGCAGGCGUUGACGUUUGAUUGCUACGCGCGCGUGUUUUGUGUACAAAGUGUUAAAACACAGAAUUUGUUUGUAAUUCAAAUAAAAAUUGAGUGUGUGUGUGUAUGUGAGAGUGUACGUGCAAUACAGAAACAACAAAAUAUAAAAUAAAGUAACGGUCGUUGUUCUCGCUACUUUGGGGAAGGCGGUAAAUAGAAAAAGUUCAAAUCAAAAACCCGCAGUUACAGUUGCCGCGUUGCACUGUGCAACCGCUCUUAACGUUGCCUUUUUGUUGGUUGUCGGUGUUUUCGGUGUUGUCGGUGUUGUCUUCGGUGGAGCUUAAAGAGGCGUCCCGCACGUCCUUUGGAGGUGCCAAUACCUAAGCGAAUGUGUUUCAAUGAUGUUACUGCCUUCGGGGCGUUCGAAUAGUGAUGUAUAUCCGUUGCAAAAUGUCAACACAACAGCAGCCUCAGCGUCCAGCGUAGGCGGAUCCAAACCACUGCUACUGACAAGAACAUCAUCGCCGCAGUUGACGACUCUGCAAACGUUAAAUGGCGGCGGCGCCAACGCCCACACAGCACUUCGUUCCAACUCCUCAGCUGCCUUUGCCGCGACAUUAACACAAGAAACGGCCGGAAGUCUGUCGGGGACCGGAACACAGGCGACAGCAACGACGUCAGCAACAACGUCGACGACGACGACAACAACGGCAAUCGCAGCGACAGCAACAACAACGGCUAAUGUGAACGCUGUUCACACAGGCUUCGGAACUGGCGCCAUCUAUGGCCCAAUUUUGGGACCAAAUCAAGCGGGAAACGCACCCAUCGGAAAUUGGGGUGAAAUUGAUCGCCACUUGGACGCAGUCCAGGAUAAACUCAAAGCUGGCUGGACAGUGCACGUGGCCAAGGAUGGCAGACUCUAUUACUGCAAUCACUUAACGCAAUCAUCUGGUUGGCUGCCAGCUUGCGAGGAUUGGAGCAAGCAUGAGGAGCUCUCAUAUGGCUGGGAGCGUGCCAUAGAUUCCAAGGGCCGUUCCUAUUAUAUCAACCAUUUGAAUAAGACGACCACGUAUGAGGCGCCUGAAUGCAUACGCUGGGACGAGCAUCCGCCGGAGCCGCGUCUCGUUCUGUUGCAGCGCAGCGCCAGCCUAGGCUUUGGCUUUGUGGCGGGCAGCGAGCGUCCGGUUAUUGUACGCUUUGUUACCGAAGGCGGGCCUAGUAUAGGAAAACUGCAGCCUGGAGAUCAGAUACUGUCCGUAAACGGCGAGGAUGUUAAGGAUGCACCGCGGGACCAUGUCAUACAAUUGGUGCGCGCAUGUGAGACGCAGGUGUCGCUGCUCGUCUGUCAGCCCAUGGCACACUGCGUGCUACCUGGUCGCAAGUCGACGCUGCUCUCGGCCGGCAAACGGGCCAAGCUGCGCACUCGUCCCAGUCGUGUGCGAUUUGCAGAGAGCGUGUGCGUCAAUGGAGCACCACUGUUUCCGCCCUCGGCUUUCUCGCUGGGCGACAUAUGUGUGCCGCCUAUGGCAAAUGUGCUCAAGGUGUUUCUGGAGAACGGGCAGACGAAGUCGUUUAAGUAUGAUGCCACCACAACAGUGCAGGAUGUGGUUAGCUCGCUGCUGGACAAGCUCUGCCUGUGCUGCGAUGAGCUCUUCAGCCUGGUGCUAGAACAUGUCAAGAGUCUAAAGCGCAACAAGCUCACUCUACUCGACCCACAGGAGUCAUUGGCACGGAUUGCUGCCCGACCGGGCGCUCACAAGCUGCGCUGCCUGUUUCGCAUCACCUUCGUGCCCAUUUCGGCGGCAGAGCUGGCACAGAGAGAUCUGCACGCACUGGACUAUCUGUACAUGCAGUGCUGCAACGAUGUCAACCAGGAGCGCUUUGCACCCGAGCUACAGCCUGAGCUGGCCUUACGUCUAGCCGCUCUGCACAUGCAUCAGCAUGCGCUGGCCAACAACUUCGCACCUGCCAAGCUCACUGUCAAGCUGGUUGAGCGUGAGUUUGGUCUGGAACGCUUUGUGCCCGUUAGUCUGUUCGAGGGCAUGAAACGCAAGGAGCUCCGUCGACUCAUUUCACACUUCUUGAAGGUCAAUGCGGAGAUGACCGGGUCCAGCAAAGUUUUAACCCAGCUACAAGCGAAACUCCAUUAUCUAGAUAUAAUCGCUAGUUUACCAAGCUAUGGCGCCAAAUGUUUCAGCACAAACCAAAGAGAGGGCAUGGAACGCGUUCUGCUCGUGAGUCCACGCUUCGGUCUAAGUCAAAUAUCCAGUGCACGCAAUUCCGUGCCACAGCCUAUUUCGGCCAUAGAGGACUUUACACAUGUCGUCGUGCAUCGCGAGGACGACAUCACCUGCAGCGUCUCGAUUUACAUGCUGGGUGAUCGAGCAGUCAAGUUUAUAAUGGAAGAUCGCGAUGCCUGCGAGUUUAGUCUGGUGCUAGGCGGCUACUAUCGUCUGCUCACAGGAAAUAUGCUGAACGUGCUGCGUGAGCGCGAGCCAAAUGAGGAGGACAAUGCGCCCGCCUUUUUGUCACAGCACACUGUGCUGCCCGCUGGCUGGAGCUAUCUGUUGCCCUUCCACACUCGAGCGCAUAGCGUCAACUUUCUGAUGACGCCGCCGUAUCAUCCAAUGCCGCAGCAGGCAGUGCUCUCGCAGCCACAGCCAGUGCAGCAGCAGUUGACCUAUGCGACCGAUUUGGAUUUGCAUAGCGUAAUGGCAACCGAGCUGCUAGAGGAGGCGGCCAAGGACUCGGGCUUGAGCGACAGCAGCGGCAGCAACUAUUGCAGCGAAAGCCGCACUCAGCUGGCUGUCGAGGCGAAGAACGAACAAGUGUUGCGACGAGUCCAGGAGCUGCAACAACUGGUUCAAUGUUCUGAACAGUAUCUCAGCGAACAAGAGCAGGAGCUGCAGCAAAUACCCGUUCAGCAACAGCAGCAGAAUCAGCAGCAGAUGGGCCAGAGCGUGGCUAUGUUAGAGUUCGAUAGCGACUGCGAUAGCUUGAACAGCAGCAAAGUGUCCUCCACGGAGGAGAGCAACCACAUCAAUCAGCCCUCGCUCAAGCACAGUGACUCGCUCACACUGCUGGCCGAGACGAUUAGCCAUGAACUGACCGGCAUAACGCAGGGUCUCAAUGCCAUACCGGAGCCAGUCUCUGCAUCCGCACCGCCCACACCUGCCACACCCAAGCGCAAGCCGAGCCUGUGCAGCACUUCCAGUCCACGACCACAAAGGAAGUUCAAUGGCUUUAGUCAGCUGCUGAGCGAUUUGCAGGCCCUGGGCACAGAUUUCUCACAGAGCGAAAGCGAUUCCGAGUCGGUAGCUUCGCCAGCACAAUCGCCGACAACUCGGCGGCCACAGCAGCUUGUUCAGGCGGGCAUCAAACAACAGCAGCAUCAGCAGCUGGCUCAACGCAGCAGCUUUGGUCUGCACAGUCCUGAUGGAACUCACUUUGGUGCAGAGACUAAGGAUUAUAAUUUACGCGAGUAUCUGCAACAGCUCAAAGAGAUUAGCAAUGUGCCCGAUACAGAUGUCGCUGCUCGGCAGCUGUCGGAGAUUUAUGGCUUCGAGGUGCGCGAGGAUACGUUUAUUGAGACGGAUACGGAUUUAAUUGAUUUACGUGCCAUACCCCCACCACAGACGCCCGACGAAUUGGACUCGCUCUCGCUGCUUAAUGCGGCGCCGCCCAAAGGAUUUGAAGGCAAGGCCGAGGAGCUGGAUAGCUUUCUACAACAGAUGCUAGUGGCGCCGCCCACGCAGAAAGCAACGCCCGCUAAGGAGCUAACGCCCGAGGAGAUUAUGUCCUUCAUUAUACCCCCGCCACCAAAUUUAGAGACACAACCCGAAAAAGAAUGUCUGUACAGCAAUUCAGUUCAGGCUAAACGUGAGUUUUUCCAAGCCGUCGCCAAUGGCAACAAUAGCAACCAAAACAACAACAAGGAUCCGGCAGCGCAUGUCAUUGAAUAUCCUACUGUGGAACGCAAGAGUAAAUUCAGCUGUUGUCCAACAUCCAAAAAGGAGGAAGCAGCACCACUCGAGGAGCCACUGCAGCCACCACCGCGCACCCCUACCACAGAGCAUAUGACUCCACCGCCAGCGCGUCCACCCAAAAGCGCGGAGCUGCUGCAGAGGUACUCACCUAAAAAGCAAGUUCGCAUCAUUGCACCGGUGGCACCGGUAAGUGUGCCGCUGCGUGAGCUCUGCCCUCCACAGCUGCCACCACGCAGUAGUCCCACAGCCAGCUCGGAGCCAGCUACGCCGCAAACAGCUAUACCAUCUACAUCAGUGGUGAGUGCGCCCAAGAAACCCCCGCUGCCACCCAUUGCCAAUCGCCCACGUCCCGUCAAUGGCAUACCCACACCCGCCAGCAAUACAACUCCACCUAUACCGGCCACAGGCCGCCUACCCAAUGCGCAUUCCAAUGGUGGUCAGCCCACGCUUCCGAAGAAGCCACAACAGUCGCACGGUGAAAAGCUAUUCAUCAAGAAUGGACAUCUAAUCGAUGGUGAGGCGCUGCUGGCUAAAACGGAUGUGGCCAUGGCUGGGCUGCUGAUCAAACUUGAUCAGGUGGCCGCCCAAUGCUCGGCCGCUCAGUCAGCUGGCGGCGGCACCAGCAUCGAUGAGGAUAAAUUCCAGCGAGCACGCAACGAGUUAACGGAGCAAACUCUGGCUUUAGUCACAGCCAGCAAAUUUCUGGUAGCCUCCAUGUCAGAUAUGACGCUGAUAACGCUACCGGAUCACCUGGCCUCCUGCUUGACGGCCAUCCGCCGCAUCACAGAGCUGGCCCAGGACAUGACCCGGCACACCUCGGCACCGCUGCAGACGCGUAAUAUUGUGCUCAAGGUACACGAUGUAGCGAGCAGUUUCCGAGAACUUGUUGGCGUACAGAUCGGUCCCAUCGGAGCUGGCCAGCUGGCACUGCAGGCCGAAUGUCUGGCCAACGUGUUGGCCACCCUAUUGCGUAGUCUGCGCGUCUUCUCGCCCUAGAAGCCAGUGUAUCCCGAUCCUGAGCAAAAGCAGGAAUAUGAAGUCGACCAUGAAGCAAACGCGACCCGAUCCUAAAACUUGAUCCGAACCUAUCCAACAACACGAGUACGACCAUAAGCACGACCACGAGAAGGACAUAUCGCUCGCCCGUAUAUCUACUCAAAUAUCAAUCUAAAUACUAUUUAGCUAAAUAUCCUUUACAAAUAUACCCUACUUAUACAGCAUCUGCAACUAUUUUACAGGUAAAAGGCAACGUCAGAGAGUCGUUGGUCUGAAUUUAGGCUAACUAUUGAUAGUGGAAAC